UCUUAUUAAAUCAAAAAAUACAUGACUUUGCAAACAAAUGAAAGGAUAGUUUAAAAAAGGAUAGUUUAAAAAUUAGGGCUGCCAACCCUGACUUAGGUCUUUUUAACUAAUGAACAGAGGUUUGUUUUUUUCUUUUUUCCCCAUUUUCUCAGAAUGGCUGCCCUUUGCCUAAGGAAAUUAAUACAGCAAGCCACAAGGAAUGAAACUAGUUGCAUAAGUAAAUACUUGGACAUUCCUUUGGUGCAAACCAUGCAAAAGACAACAUUCUCUCAAGCACUGAUGGUGAUGGCUGGUGCUAAAAGGAGACUUAUGUUUCUACCUACAAAAUCAUUUUGUACAACUGAAGAAGCUGAAAAGAAACCAGAAGGAAAGAAAAGAAAAACAAAUGCCCAAAAAACAUUUGGAAGCAUUGGGAGGAAAAUUCCUCAGCCGAUCCUUCAUGUAAUUAGCGAAAAUGGGAACAGCUUAGGAAAUAUGCACAGAGGAGCUGUGAUUCAACUCAUGAAUGAGCGUGAUCUGAAGCUUGUUCCACUGCGUGAAAAUGAAGAGCCUCCAGUGUACAGACUAAUGACUGGGAAGCAGAUUCACGAAGAGCAGCUCAAACGUAGAGAGAAGCAAAAAGCAAGUUCAAAAGCUGGGCCUGUUCAGCUGAAGGAGUUAACUUUUUCUGUAGCUAUUGCAAAACAUGACUUAGAGACCAAAAUUAGACAGAUUCAGCAGUGGAUUGAUAAGAAGCAUCAUGUCAGAAUUUCUGUACAGCAAAGAAAUGUUGCAGAUGGACCAGAAAAGAUGCUGGCUCUCUUUGAUCAGAUUGUCAAGACUAUGCCUGAGAAAGCUACUUACUUAUCCCAGCCAAGAGUCAUUAAAGAAGGAAAGAGCACCUGUGUUUUGAGACACAUGUCAGACAAAGAAGCUAAUGAGUACAGGAAAAUGGAAAAAGAAAAACAAACAGACCUUCUGAACAAGGAGAGUGGAAAUGAAACUACUGAGUCGAGUGAACUGCAGUGA